CUUGGGCAGCACUUGUUGUCGAUUGUUUCAAGGACGACAAGCCAAACACCACCUUGAGUGGUCUCCAACCCUGAAGACUGCACUGCGUGCGAUGACAGCCGACGAUGCUCUUUCCGGCGGCGUGGGCGGACCUUCUCACCGGCCUGCCGCACCAGCGCCUGACACGGCCAGUAGAGGAGCUUACCGUGCCGACGGGGAAUUUAUCGUCGACUUUUUCGCCUACGGAUGGUACUUAUUUGAUGAUUUCGUUCUUUGUCUCUUGUGAGAAGAAGAAUUGCAACGGCUUAUCCUUAGGCUGCGUUUGUGACGAGGACGUCGAUAUUGAAUUCCAGACUUUGCAGUGAUGAUCCCUGUGAAAUUUGAGAUCACUUUUAGUCAAAGGCACAUCACUUUCCAGAUGAGGUGCUGAAGCGGGUAACGAGCGAAUGCAAACUUCAUAUACAAACCGUACAGGAUUGUCCUCUACCUUCUCUUCAUCUUUGCCGGGUGCCUCCCCGCCCUUCUCCGUUACAUUGUGGUUCGCAGCCUGUUCA